UUUGCCGCAGCGGUCAUGGGGAACACCUUCAAGACGCCUUCCAAGGGCGAGCUUAAGCGACUGACUACGCGCAGUGCAUGCAACCGGAAGAACCUUGUGCAGGUGAAGGAGAUGCUGAAGAAGGUGCAGAAGAAGCACGGCGGGGUGGACAAGGAGGCAUGGACUCGGGCGUGGGCCGAGGCAGACGGAUCGUUUGAUGGCGAGUGGGUGGACCAGUUUUUCAAGGUGAUGGACGUGCACGACACAGAGUGGCUCGACUACAAAGAGUAUGCCGUGUUCACGGCACUGACGGCGUUCCCCAACGCUGCGUUUAUGGUCGACUACUGCUUCCGGGCCUUUGAUCGCUCGGGUGACGGCACGCUUGACGAGGCCGAGCUGGGCGAGCUGAUGAAGGCGGUGGUCCGGACGGCCAAGCGUCUGCAGUUUGCGCUGCCGGGCUUCAAGGGCAAGCUUGUCAAGCUUGAAGAGUCUGAUGAGUCUGAGGAGUCUGACGACGAGUCGGGAGGCACGGGCAAGGGCAAGGGCAAGGGCAAGGCGAAGAAGGGCAAGAAGAAGAAGAAAAAGGGCAAGAAGAAGAAGGGUGUGCCCGACUUUAACCUCACGCUCAAGGAGGAGGCGCGCAUCGAGUCGACGGCCGAGACGCUCUUUGUCGAGCUCGACACCGACCAGGACGGAGCGGUUGACUACAAGGAGUUUGCGGCGGGCAAGGACAUGUCGCCGUCGGUCCGGCGCGCCGUCGCCUUCUUUAUGACUAUUGCCACCGCCAUGCCCCAGGUCUCCGAGUCGGAUGAUAACGAGUCGGCGGACGAUGACGGCAGUGAUGCCAAGGGCGGCAAGAGCAAGGGUAAGGGCAAGAAGGGCAAGGGCAAGAAGGGCAAGAAGAGCAAGGGCAAGAAGAGCAAGGGCAAGGGCAAGAAGAGCAAGGGCAAGAAGAGCAAGGCCAGCGCUCCGAGCGGCGACGAUGUUGACGGUGCCGGUGCAGAAUCUGGCUCUGGCUCUGGCUCUGGCUCUGGCUCUGGCUCUGGUGGCAAGGCCAAGAGCAAGAAGAAGAAGGUCAAGAAGCGGACCAAGAAGCGGACGGUGGUGACCAAGACCGAGGUUGUCGAGUCUGGUGACGGGUCUGGCGACGGAUCCGAUUCUGGCGCGGGCAAGAAGAAGAAGAAAAAGACCAAGAAGACCAAGAAGCGGGUCAAGAAGACGACCAAGGACAAGAGCGGCGAGGCUGGCUCGGGCUCGGGCUCGGGCUCGGGUUCGGGGACGACGACUAAGCGUCGCAAGCGGACCAAGAAGAAGCGGGUCAAGGUAAGCAAGGAGAUCGACGAUGACGGGACUGUGACCAAGAAGAAGCGCAGGAAGUCGGUCAAGAAGCGGCGCAAGGUGUCCAAGUGAAGCGCAGCGGACGAAUAACACAGUGUCGAGCUGA